CGCUUCAAAUUAGAGGAGACUCCACUGAAGCCCCUCUCAACUGUCCCGUUUCGUCGCGAUCCUGACUUUGUCGAUCAUGGAACACUACUCGAGCAGAUUGAUAAAAAGGCCACUGUGCCGGGAUCAAGGACGGUGCUUGUUGGCUUGGGAGGAGUUGGGAAAUCGCAGCUUGCGAUCGAAUAUUCGUAUCGAGUACGAGUGCGAUCUCCCGAGGCAUGGGUCCUCUGGAUACAUGCGAGUAAUGAAGCCCGCUUUGAAAAAGGCUGCAGGCAUAAUGCCGAACUACUCGGUAUUCCGGGUUAUCAGGACCUCAAAACAAAUUUAUAUCAACUCUUACGUGAUUGGCUACUGAAGACAGAGCGAAGGUGGCUGCUUGUCUUUGAUAAUCUCGACGAUGACGAUUUCCUGCGAUGUAACUCUCAGCCCACACCAGAUAACAACCUACUGCUGCCGAUUUGGGAAUACUUCCCCCAAAGCUUGCAAGGUUCCAUUCUUAUAACUAGUCGAAGCAAGCGGGUGGCAUUGGACAUAGUGGAGGACAACGACAUUAUCAGAGUUGAACCGAUGGACAAGUCUCGUGCGACAGAUCUUUUAAAGACGAAGCUUGGAAACAUGGAAAUCGAGCGCGAUAAACAUGAUACCCUCAGCGAUUUGAGCAAGGAAUUAGACUUUAUGCCUCUCGCCAUGGCGCAAGCAGCUGCCUAUAUCAGGCGAAGGGUGCCUUUCCUGUCUGUCGAGCAAUAUCUGUCGAAAUUUCGGGGAAGUGACCAUCAGCAGGUGGCUCGUCUUCUUGUUGAGCAUGAAGGCAUGAACCUCCGCAGAGAUCACGAAGCCAAAAACUCGAUACUUAUGACUUGGCAAAUUUCGUUGGACCAUAUACAACAAGUUUGUCCUGCGGCAGCCGACUUGCUGGCUUUGAUGAGUUUCUUUGAUAGGCAAGGAAUUCCUGACUUUAUGCUUCGAAGAAGUCAGGGGGUAUUGACCAACUCUCAAGCAGGGUCCAGGCUACAUGAGGAUCAAGCUUUCGACAACGGUGAUCCAAGCGAGAUCACAUAUAAGCACGGUGCGGCCAACCAAUACGAGGCCAGUUUAUGUACGGGGUUUAUCCUUCGAAAGGUCGAGAACCACUGA